GGCGUUUCAUAAGCGAUACAAACAGCAGAGGAGGCUGCACGCUGUUUUUCAAAGGGACAAAACGCGUAACAUUCACUGAAUAGCAAUUGCAAUAGUGUAACCACUCUUUUACACGUUAUAAAACAAAAUAUUGAUGACUAUUGAAAAACACGCGGUUUCAGCAGUUUGGAGGGGGUGCUGCUGAAGUCACCAUGUGGAACCAUUCUAAUUUGUAAGAGACCAACGGAGCGCUGACGUGCAAGAAAACGGGAAAGUUACGGACGUGAGCAGGAUGUCUGCGGAUGAGGGGGCUCAUGCCCACGUCAGGUCCGGGGAUGCUCCCAUGUACGUGUAUGAGUCGACGGUGCACUGUGCCAACGUGCUGCUGAGUCUGGAGGACCAGCGGCGGCAGGACAUCCUGUGUGAUGUGACGGUGGUGGUGGAGGGGACGGAGAUCAGGGCCCACAGGGCCGUCCUGGCAGCCAGCAGCAGAUACUUCCUACAGGUGCUGCUGGGACACACACACCCCGAGCAGGAGCCAAUCAUCAGCCUGUCUGACAAGGUCACAGCCAGGGGGUUUGCCCCGCUGCUACAGUUUGCCUACACAGCCAAGCUGGUUCUGAGCAAAGAGAACAUCCAUGAGGUGAUCCGCUGUGCUGACUUCCUGGGCGUUCACAACCUAGAGGACUCCUGCUUCCGCUUUCUGCAGGCCCAGCUGCACAGCGACACCGCUGAUCACAACAAUGGCCUUCUCUGCCGCAGGGAGCACACCGAUGACCUCAUCACAGAGAUGGACGGUAGUGGUGGUUCCGCAUCGUCGGAGAAGCUCAGAGUGACGUCAUCCUCAGCGACGAGGCGGCGGCCCAAUCACUCAACCCUCACGUCCCUCACCAGUAGCCUGACCUCUGACCUCCCACGAUGCCCCAAAUACAGGAAGUACCAGCAGGCCUGCGCCAAGCACAGCGGAGAGAAUGACGACGAUGACAGCGUCACCUCAGCCUCCUCGUCACACUGCCAUACCUCAACCUCGCCAGGCCCUCUCUCAGAGACCAGCAGCACCCGUCAAGGGGGACAACCUCACCCCCUCUCCCCCUCCAGAAUCAAAGAGGAACCCCGCUCCUGGGGCGAGGAAGAGGGGAGUCCCCCAGGACUGUCAGAGGACAGCCAGGAUGUCCUGGAGAUGGAGAUGUGGCCGGAGCCCUCAGAGCGUCCCCCCAGCAGAGGCUCACCAUCCUGCCUGAGCUCCUACCUCCAGAGGGGCCUCCUGGGUCUCAGUAACCCAGACAGCACUCUACCUACCACUCCUCUCACCCAGCAGCUACUGAACAACGAACGCUCAUUAGCCCAUAACAGGGAUAGGGACAGGAACAGGGGGGCAUUUCAAGGUGAGGGUGGAAGGGACCUCAGGGCGGGGUCUGCAGGGACAGUGCAUUUGUCUGUGGAUGGUGUGACUAUGCAACCUCUGCCCUCAGAUGGUCUCAGCAAGCAGGAAGUAGAGUUGGAUCGCCGUAGCAGCGUCAUCUUCUCCUCUGGAGUGUGCGACCGCCUGGGAACACCGUCUCAAUCCUACUGCGACCGGAAGUCUCUGGAAAAAGAUCUGUUGGAGAUCACAUCAAAAUCCCUGUGGACAGGUGUUAGUCAGUCCUUCCCCUGCCGCCAGCCUUACUCGCCCCUAUCCUCCUCCACCACCCUCACCACGGUCCUCCAGGACCCCCUGCCGACAGUGGCCUGCCGAGCGCAACCCACGACCAGCUGCCCUCUGCCCAUAAAGAUUUCCCCCCGCUCCCCUCCAUGCGAGCCCCGCACACGCACCUCAAGCUCCUGCUCAUCUUUCUCUUACCUGGAGGACGUGGGCAGUGGGGACUCGCCCUCCAACAUGCCCCAGUUUGAGUUCUCCUCCUCCCCAUGCUCUGUGUCGGGCUCUGGCCUGGCUCGCUGUCUGGUGGGGGAGCAGAGGGAGCACGGUGGGAUGGUGGUGGGGGAAGCCAUUUUCUCUCAGGGCCGUGCCAAGAUCAAGUGUGAACGUUCGUACGGGGCCAACUCCAGUGAUGAAUCUGGGUCCUUCUCAGAGGGAGACAGUGAGUCCGGCCCUGCCAGAGAGCCAGGCCCUGAGGUCAAACUUCCAUUCCCGGUGGAUCAGAUCACCAACCUUCCCCGUAAUGACUUCCAGAUCAUGAUAAAGAUGCACAAACUGACCUCAGAGCAGCUGGAGUUCAUUCACGACAUCCGGCGGCGCAGUAAGAACCGCAUCGCCGCCCAGCGCUGCCGCAAGAGGAAGCUAGACUGCAUCCAGAACCUGGAGGUGGAGAUACGCAAAUUGGUACAUGAGAAGGAGAAGCUACUGAGUGAGAGGAACCAGCUGAAGGUGUGCAUGGGUGAGCUGUGGCAGAACCUCUCCUACCUGUCCCAGGCUGUGUCCCAGGAGGUGUGCAGGGAGGUGCAGGGGAACCCCGAGAAGACCAAAGCCCUGCUCCCUACACACAGGCCCAGCGAUCCCACCGCUGCCACCAACAGCAUCUCCAUCAUGGCCAGCAUCGACCUCACUUCCAACCCAAGCUCCCCAACCUCAGAGGGCAGCCUGGCCAAGUCACCCUGCUCCUAUGAAAGCCCUGUGGAGAGAGAUGUUGGCUCUGGGCAGAGGCUUAGGAGAGGGCAGGGCGGUGUGGAGACAGAGGUGUCUGUCCUGGGGCAGGAGGACCCGGAGUCUUCCCUAGAGCCUGGAGCAUCUCCGGGUGUGUGUAGCCCCACUGUUUCGGUGGAUUUCUGUCAAGAGAUGACUGAGAAAUGCACGACAGAAGAACAGCCCGGACAGGCCUGUACCUGGCUAGCAACGACUGAAUAGCUAGCAACCAUUAGUGUUUUUAUUGUUAUUAUGACACACAUCUCUACCUUGAUAUGUAUAAAAUUUGAAAUACAUUUGUUAUGCGUGUUUUUUAAAGGAUGACACUACAGUUGUCUUAUCAGCAAUACUGUUAAAACAGGUAUUUGGAGUUAUCAAACUCCUUAAGACAUAGCACUGGCAGCUUCCCCCUCUCUCUUUAUCUCUCCACCCAGCUAGCACAUUUAAUUCCUUGGAAGUUGUGGCAAUGUAUGUUUUUGGUUUCACAUUCAUUGUGGGAACGAAGCCAUACGUUUCCUGACCGGUAAAACUGAACGUUUUUAAAUGAGAAUAGAAGGGAAUAUUUUGCCUGUUCUGGGAAUGUUUAUUUUUCGGUUGCAGGGAAGUUAUGAUAACGUCUUACUAUGGUUCCUAGAAUGUUUUCCUGGGAGAUUUUAACGCUCUGAGAGCAGAAAUUAUUGGUUAUUUGGAGGUUUUUGAAUGACUUCCUUAAAACUUUCAUUAAGAUGUUUAAUAACACUGCUAGCUUAUUUUGUGUUAACUUUUUUGAACUCCAAGCACAGAUAAGAGACAUGGAAAUGUAUUUCCUUAGGCAUUAAUCAUGCAAACGCAAUUAUAUUUUAUUGUGACACGGCAUCAGUGAGAUUCAAACCUUUAGUCUUCUGUUCUCUAUCCAUGGAAUUAGUCCACUGCACCACCAGGAUGGAGCAAGCAUGCCAUGUUUUUUACGCAUUCAAAACUGUUCAUUUUUGUCUAUUCAAACAGACCCCAUUUCAAGGAAAACAAGCACUCGUUAAGAUCAGGUGUGGCCGAUAAGUGGGUGCGGUUAACACACCUGAACACGCUUAACAAGAAAGAGGAUAGAGAGAGUUUUGUUGUUGCUGAGAACGGAAUGUAUAUGUUAACAUGUAUAUGUUACUAAAGUUUUCUUGUGAUUUUUAUGGAAAGUUUUUUCACCUUCUGAGAAUGGAAUGUAUGUUUUUAAAUAACAUUCUUAGAACGUUCUCUGAACGUCACUAAAGUUUUCUUGUGUUUUUUUUACGGAAAGUUUUCUUAACGUUUUCUGAACAAUUUGAGAACAUUACUUUAAAUGGAACCAUGAGGAAACAUUAUACUGAAGUACCGAAAUUCCCACAGAAGAACAUUGUUUCUUAACGUUCUCUGAACAAUUUGAGAACAUUCCCAAUGUCAAACCAGUUGGAGAAUGUUCCUAGAACAUUACC